AUGGCGUCAAAAGACACCAGCGUGAAAGUUAAAGACACUAAGUCCGCUUGGCAUGCUGACACUAAGGAGGAUAAUGUCGGUGUUGCUGAACUGUGGAAGGAUUUUACACAAAAUACCGGAUUCCAUGCGUUCAACAAACUGAAUCCAGGAAGACGUUUUAACAUUCGAUUUAUCCUAUGGUCACUAGUUAUCAUGGGCAUGUCGGCGUAUCUCAUUUAUACGGUUAUUACAGAACUAAAGAACUACUAUAGUUAUCCACAGAUGACAGAGUUCAGAGUCGAAAGGAAACAAGAGAUUGAGUUUCCGGCAGUUACAAUAUGUAACCAGUGUCCACUGAACGCUUCUGCCAUGGGUAUGGAUGAAACUCUCAAAAACUAUUUCUUCUUGUCCCGAACUCACAUGGGCAACUUACAUGGGUCAAUCAACUGGACUAACACAACGACGUAUGGCGACUUCUACACAAGUGAACAUUCUGUCGAAUGGUGGAAAGAAAAGUAUGGUAAACUUGAAACGUUGACCAAAUUUUGUAAGUUCCAAGGCUCAUAUAUGCCCUGUAAGGAGAUAUUUAAACCUGUUUUCACCGAGGUGGGGCUGUGCUACACGUUCAAUGGCAAUGUCAGCAACAAACGGAACGUGUCUCUGUCAGGAGCCGACAACAACUUGGUAGUCAUACUUAUGGCUGAACAACAUCAAUAUGUUUACAACCAACAAUUUUCUGCUGGUUACAAGAUUCUGCUUCAUGACCCAGAAGAUCACCCAGACUCGGUAACAACUGGAAUCCUGGCUGCUCCCGGAUUUUCUACAUAUGUGGCCAUGAAGAAAACUACAUUCAAUUUCUUGCCGUCCCCAUUCAAGGCGUUUGGUGGGACCGAGUGUGUUGACACAACGUCAGCCUUGUUCAACAAUACGCUAAAACACUUCGAACGCUACACACACGAACAUUGUCUGCUAGAGUGCGCUGCUGAGUUUAUCUUUGAAACGUGUGGCUGUGUCAUGCCCAAUGAUCUACCACUUGGUCCAAUUUGUUCUUUGAAAGCUCAAGCCGAAUGUUACGUGCCUACGCUGAAGUUUACUCGAACAAAUGCGAGUGCCCAGGCAAAUUGUGGAUGCAAGGAAGUGUGCAGUUUCACAUCAUAUGACGUCCAGAUAUCUACAGCAGCCUUCCCGUCCCAGCUGUGGGCCAAGUACCUUCUGGACAAACACUUAGCUGAAGAUGACAAAUACAUUAAAAAUAAUGCACUGGAACUAAGGAUCUUCUACAAAGACAAGAUGGUUAAAACCGUGGAUCAGCUGCCUGUGUACCAAACGGGAACAAUAAUUGCAAACCUCGGUGGUCAGAUGGGUAUUUGUCUUGGAGCCAGUAUCCUGACAUUAACAGAGCUGGCAGAAUUUUUUGUAUUUUUGCUUAUGUACAUACUACACUACUUUAAACCAGUGAACACUGUGAAAACUAUCACCAACCACUAAUCAUUUUAUUUUGGAUGGGUUUUUUUUACAUGGAUUGGUAUAAUACAUGUCAUGUCUGAUUGUACCAUUUAUCGUUAGCAGUAAUAAGUAUGCAUUUGAUAAUCAGUAAGUUACUCUUUGUUGUACCUUAGUUUUAUAUUAUGUUUUAUAAACGAUAAUAAUGAACAAACCUUAAAUACAGCCUUUAUGGAGUAGCUUUUAUAUACAUUGUUCAAAUAUUUUUACAUAUAUGAGAUGCUCUAAGCAGAUAAAUACUUGUAUAUAUUACCGUUUAUAGUAAAGUCGACCACAAUAAGGCUGUACACAGUAACUGCUUCAUUUGGUUGCACUAGAUUUACUUGAAAAUCAUUUGUCGUUACUGGGUUAAAAUUAUGAAUCUACAUAUUAGAUCUAGAUGUUAUCACCAUUUUAUUAUCGUUGUUGUUGUUGCUGUUGUUUUUGCUACUGCCGUUGUUGUGUGGGAGUUGUGUACAAAUAGAGCACCUUCUGGAUGAUAUUUGUCCUUUGCAAGCCAGAUUCUGAGAGAGUACGUUGGUGUUGGUGUUUUCCCCCCAGAUUUAAUGUAUACAGAAUAUUCACAACCAGUAUGUUGGACAUCACUUCUAAGGCUUGUGAUAGGCUGUUAGAGGCCAUCAUCCAAGUGUUUCAAUUAACUACAAAUCAGAACGACAAACCCGUUAUCCAGAACCAGGUGUUCGCGAAAGGUGAGCUUAUGACCCACCGGUGGAGAGUACAAAGCUCAAGUUAAGUAUUUUAAUUAUAUCUAUUUAUUACGUAAAUUUAUUACGUAUCGUAACGACAAAGGGAUAAAAUUAAUAUCCCAUCCAGAUGAACCUUAUUAUUUUUUCAAUCUAU